AUGGGCAAUCAACUCCCAAUCAUCUCAUCACCUUUCAAUUUGCUCACCAACCAAACUCAGUAUCACACCCCUAGAGUUAGAUUGAUGAAGAAUUAUCGAUUGGGAUGUGAAUCCCUCUUUCUAAUUCUUUGUUUAUCUAUCUCUCUCUCUCUCUCUCGCUCUAUCGAUUCUUUAAUUCGUUCUCCGAAUUUAGUGCAGAAAAUCAAAAUUUCAUGUUUGUUUUGUUGUGGUAGUUGGUGGUUUGGUGCGAGUGUAAUUGGUAGUGGACUUACACAUAAUAAAGGAGAAGGGUUAUUGUUAGUUGAAAUCAGGUUGGCUUGCGGUGAAGGUGGUAGAGAACAGAUUUUUUGUGGUGGCAACCGACUUUUGACAUAG